GCAAAUCGAAAAAACAUUUGAGAAAUAAACAAAAAGUUGGCAAGAGUUUGUGAAUUUUACUUGGAUUUUCGCCACAAAUUAAAGCAGGAUGCCCGUGCUGCCGAUGCCACCACUGAUGCAGAAUGCCGUGGAGCCGAUGCAAGUGGAUGCGCCGCCGAAUGAGGAUAAUGAGAACAACGAAGAACAGCAAAUUGUAGUGGAAAAUCCCAGCAUCGAUCUCGAGGUCUACGCCAAUCAAUAUUCCGGUAUUAUUCGACUUCAUCGUUUGAUAUAUGUGGCCGACGUAUGCCCGAUUUUAGCAGUGGAGGCACUGAAAAUGGCCAUUACCUACGUGCAGACCACAUACAACGUGAACCUCUACCAAGUGCUUCACAAACGUCUGAGUGAUCUUAAUGCCGGAAACGCCCCUGCUCCUGCGGCAAAUGCUGGUGGAGAUCAGGCAGCAGCAGCACCUCUUGGUGCCCCAGCAGCUGCUCCUCUCCCGGAUAUCGCAGCUCAGCCUGUGGCCCAGGCUCAAGGACAGGCUCAGCCCGCUGGCGAGAAGGAUGCCUUCGCCUACGAUGCUGGAUGGGUGGACACAAAAUUGAAGAAGGCGGCACUGAAGCUGGAAAAACUGGACUCCGACCUAAAGAACUACAAGUCCAAUUCGAUCAAAGAGAGCAUUCGCCGGGGUCAUGAUGACUUGGCUGACCAUUACCUCAGUUGUGGUGAUCUCACAAAUGCCCUAAAGUGCUAUUCCCGGGCCAGAGAUUACUGCACCAGUGGCAAACAUGUGGUUAACAUGUGUCUAAAUGUUAUCAAGGUUUCUAUCUAUCUUCAAAACUGGGCUCAUGUGAUGAGCUACAUAUCCAAGGCAGAAAGCACUCCGGAUUUCGCCGAAGGCUCCAAGGAGGCAAAUGCCCAGGUGCAUACUCGCCUAGAAUGCGCUGCUGGUCUGGCUGAACUGCAGCAGAAGAAGUACAAAGUAGCAGCCAAGCAUUUCCUCAAUGCAAAUUUCGAUCACUGCGACUUUCCCGAGAUGAUCUCCACCAGCAAUGUUGCAGUCUAUGGUGGCCUUUGCGCAUUGGCUACCUUCGAUCGACAGGAGCUAAAACGCUUGGUUAUCGCAUCCACCUCCUUCAAAUUGUUCUUGGAACUGGAGCCUCAAUUAAGGGAUAUUAUAUUCAAGUUCUACGAAAGCAAGUAUGCCUCCUGUUUGACACUGCUAGAUGAGAUCAGAGACAAUCUUCUGGUGGAUAUGUACAUAGCGCCACAUGUUACCACUCUAUACACCAAGAUACGUAACCGAGCCCUGAUCCAGUACUUUAGCCCCUACAUGUCAGCUGAUAUGCACAAAAUGGCCAUGGCCUUUAACUCAUCAGUAGGUGAUCUGGAGAACGAGGUGAUGCAGUUGAUAUUGGAUGGACAGAUUCAAGCGCGUAUCGAUUCACACAACAAGAUCUUGUACGCCAAGGAAGCCGAUCAGCGAAACAGCACCUUUGAACGGGCUUUGAUCAUGGGUAAGCAGUACCAGCGACAUACCAGAAUGCUAGUCCUCCGAGCGGCGAUGCUCAAGAGCCACAUUCACGUGAAGAGCAUUUCCAGGGAGGGUGGCAGCAACCACGGUGCCGAGCUCUGCGUUUCCGCUGGAUCCUCUACCACCGCUCAACUGGCCAGGAUCUAAAGGAAUUCGCCAUCGGAGCAUAACCAAUGAACUCUUUAAACUAUGUAUAUCACAAUGGCAAAUAAAGAAUUAUAGCGAA